UCCCUCCCGAUUCUCCGCAUCUCAUGAUCCUGCGAGCGUCUCUAGGUGAUUUAGCGCCGCCAGUCUGAAGCAGGUGUUCAACAUGGCGAUCUCGGGACUCGGAACUCACUCUAUUUCACUCUUUUUCUACGUGAUUUUCGCAACGUUUCUGCAUAAAGGAGCCGCUCAGACCAUCUCAGCACAGGGUCAGAACCUGGUGACGAAUAAUGUCUCGGUGGUCGAGGGCGAGACAGCCAUCAUCAGCUGCCAGGUAAAAGACAACGACGACUCCGUCAUCCAACUGCUCAACCCCAACCGACAGACCAUCUACUUCAGAGACGUUAGACCGUUGAAGGACAGUCGGUUUCAGCUGGUUAACUUCUCCGACAACGAGCUGCUGGUGUCGUUGUCCAACGUGUCACUCUCGGAUGAGGGACGGUACGUGUGCCAGCUCUACACGGAUCCUCCACAAGAAGCCUACGCAGACAUCACUGUGCUGGUUCCACCAGGCAACCCAAUCUUAGAGUCCCGUGAGGAAAUCGUGAGCGAGGGGAACGAGACGGAGAUAACCUGCACCGCCAUGGGCAGCAAACCUGCUUCCACCAUCAAAUGGAUGAAAGGAGACCAACCACUGCAAGGUGAGGCGACUGUCGAGGAGUUAUACGACAGGAUGUUCACUGUCACCAGCCGGCUCAGGCUCACCGUCUCUAAGGAGGACGAUGGAGUGGCCGUCAUCUGCAUCAUUGACCACCCAGCCGUGAAGGACUUCCAGGCCCAGAAAUACCUGGAAGUGCAGUAUAAACCAGAGGUGCAGAUUGUGGUGGAAUUCCCUGAGGGUUUGACCAGAGAAGGAGAAAAUCUCGAGCUGACAUGCAAAGCUAACGGAAAACCGCAGCCUCAUCAAAUUAACUGGCUCAAAGUGGAUGAUGAUUUCCCCUCCCACGCCGUGAUUACUGGCUCUGAUCUCUUCAUCGAAAACCUUAACAAGUCCUACAACGGAACGUACCGCUGUGUGGCAUCUAACUUAGUGGGAGAAGCCUAUGAUGAUUACAUCCUUUAUGUAUAUGAUGUUCUCACCACAACCCCCCCACCCACCACUACCACCAUCAACGCUUUCCAAGAUUCAAGAGCAGAUGGAGCGCCUCAGAAAAUUGAUCACGCCGUCAUCGGCGGCAUUGUCGCGGUGGUUGUGUUCGCCAUGCUUUGUCUCCUGAUUGUUCUCGGACGAUAUUUUGCAAGACACAAAGGUACCUACUUUACCCAUGAAGCCAAAGGAGCGGACGAUGCCGCAGAUGCAGAUACUGCCAUCAUCAACGCAGAGGGGGGACACAACAAUUCGGAUGACAAGAAGGAGUACUACAUUUAACUCUGACUAGACCUGCUAGCUUCCUGUGCUGAACAGCAAACUGUGGACUGCUGGGUUGGGAGGGAGGGGUUGUGGGUUUCAAUCAGGCUGGAUUCGCACCUGUGCAGCUGAAGAGAUGGUGAGGAGAAGGUGCUGCCAUCGAGACGGACGGGGUGUGGGAUGGCAGAGCACUAGGAGAGCUCAAUUUUAGACCGCUUCACCAUCCAACACCUCCCGCUGGGGCCGGUUUUGUUCAGUUUCGACAUUCGCUAAGAAUUUUGUGCCUUGUUCUGUUCUUACUGAAGUUCCCACUUUCAUCAGGACACCCCACAAGCCACUGUCUCUCGAACGGUCUGAACCCAUGGUUAUUUUGUUUUCGUUUCAUUUCGGUUUUAAUUGCCAGCGCUCUCUCUUACGCCGCUCUGUCUGCAGGUCUGAAAGAACGCUACACAUAUAAAGUUUCGGUGUAAGAUUCGGUCACAGAACGACCGCUUGGGUUGUUUUCAUGGAUUGGUUCCAAGUAAUUUUUUUGGCAAAUUGCCUGUUGCUCUCCUCAGUCCUUUAGAGAAGAUAGAAACCUCUUUUGUUGUGACCAGCAACAUUCAGCAGCAGUAUUGUGUUGUUGCAUUAUUUAUUAGAUAUACUGUAUCUAUGAUUAUAAUCGGCUUGUGUUGAUAUUAGGGCUGUCAAUUGAACACAUUACUUCAAUACCAUUAUAUAUAUACAUAUAAUGGUCAAUAUAUAUAUAUAUAAGUCAAUAAUGCCCCUGACCCAUGCAACAUGCAAAAAAUUAUUUAUAGUUUAAGUACUCUAUAACUCCUAAGUCCUAAGAUGUUAUUAUAUUUAUAAAUCAAUCAUAUGUAAUCAUUAUUUAUGAAAUAAUCAAUUAAUUGAAGGGUUAAUAAUUAAAUUUAGUCUCAUUUUGUCAAGAUUUUGCCAAAUUUUUUUUUUUUUUAAGUUUAACUUCUCAUAUGGUGCAUUAAAAUGUGGAGCUCAUGGCAUAAAAAAAUGUUUGCAUGUCAACAAAAUAUCACAGACUUAAUAAAAUAACAAAUCUUCUUGAUACUGGACAGACAAGACAACCUUUAAAAUGAUUUACUGUGGACUGUAGGUUGAUUGAUUGACAUAUUCAAGGAUAUGGAAAUUAAACAAACAGUAUAUUGUCCUCCUAUGCCUAAUUUGAAUUAAUUUGAUGAAUUCAUCAGCAUACGUUGCAGUUGGUUGGAUUAAAACUUUUAAACGAUUGACAGCCCUAAUCGUUCCUUAGGUAUACUGUUUGUGAUUAUAAUCGGCUUGUGUUGAUAUUCAUUCCGGCUUGUAUCGCAUUAUCCAUAUACCAGCUUCACUCACAGACUAAUUUAUUGUAAUUAACGCCCAAGCAUUAAAAUUGAAUGCCAAAGCAAAGAAGAGCAGAUCGGCUCCUAGCUCAGCUGUACAGGACGGCCGUCACAAAGAUGUCCCCUCAUGAAACAGAACAUAUCUAUCAGAGUGUAAAAUAGCUUUCAUUUUUUAGCUUGUUCUCAUUCAGUAGGCUCAGUAUGAGGUCGAGGUCAGUGAGUUUCUCCGAAUAUUGUUAGUGCUUCUGUGCGCUUCUCAUAGUGACUUAAAAAAAACUUUCGUACUAAAUGAUAUAGAUGGAGCCUGUAUGUUGUAAGCCAUACUCACAGUUGUGCCCUCCAACACAUUUCGGUUAGCAGCUCUUAUUCUCGAUCCGGUUUAUGUGUAGAUGCCAGAUUGAAUGUAAUAGCUCUACAAUAAUGCAAUACUUGUGAGUCCUGGAUGUUACGUUUUUCUCAUCAAACAUGCUUUAGUUUCAGGUGAUGUAUGCAAGGGAGAAUUUAACCAGGGACAUGUAUUAUGUUUCCUCACUUGUAAAUGUAUUAUAAAUGUAUAGAGCGUGAAAUUAUUACAUUAUUGUAGAGUUAGUGAAAUAUUACACUCAUACCAGGCAUUGUUUCAUAUAUUUGGCCUUCGUUCAGUGUCCUAGACAGUUGGACAGAUGCGUAUUGUUUGUGAUUAAGUACAUGGGGGCAUUUUGGAGUUAUGGUGAGAGUGCAGUAAAUAUAGUAAAAUCCUUGUGACGAAAUUGUUUGGUCAUAGCGUUUACAUGAAUAUGUGUAUUAUCAAGUGUUAUUUUUUUUUUUGUUGUUGUUUCUUUGUUUUUAUUAGUGUUUUUUCCUGAGAUUAUCUGACAGGUGAGCAUUAUUUAGUUUUGAAACUAAUAAAUUAUGGUAUAUUCAUGCAAGGGUCUUGUAGCUAAUGCCACUCUUUAUACUUGGUUAUGUGGAAAGAAAUGUUCUUUAUGAUUGUCAUUAUAUGUUGUACAGAAUUUUGUGGAUUUAUACAGCAGCAGAUUUAUUUAAACAUAUCAUGUUCUGGAUGCCUACAACACUAAACUAAACUGAUUGAGAAUGAAGUAAAUGAAAGUUUAAUUAUUGCCCCCCAAAAAUUACUUUGGCCCCAAGUUCAUACAUUACUAUUCCAAAGUUGGGGGUCAAAAAGAUCUAUAUAUAUAUAUAUAUAAUAAAUUCUGUUCUUUUCAACAGUCUAUUAAAAAAAUUAAAAUAUU